AUGGUUAGAUGUCCACAUUGGUUACUUGAAUGAAUAUGUGGCCGAGAAUUUAAGUGUAAAGUUUCCACCCCACUCUACAGACACUUAUUGUACAAUGGCCGAUGACAACAACCUGCCUGCUGUAAUCAUCCAUCGUCUUUCUGAUUUCCAACACCCAUUGCCCUGGCCUAAACACACCAUCUUCAACCCGAUAGAAUCUUCGGAUCCAUUGUACCCGGUCCACCGGGCAUCUGCGCGGGUCCUAAUUGUGAUCCCGCCCAGCCCGCUUAAAGCUGAGCACUUGGACCAAUAUCCUUCUGUUGAAUGCGUUGUUGGAACAUCAGCUGGGGUUGACCAUAUUGACUUAGCCGAGUGCCGGGCCCGAAACAUUCGUGUUACUGGCGCUGGCUCCGCCUUCGCUGAAGACGGAGCCGAUUACGCUAUAGGCCUUUUGUUGGACGUCCUCAGGCGUGUUUCUGCUGCUCAUCGGUUUGUUCGGGCCGGAUUGUGGCCCGUUAAAGAUCAUUUUCCUCUUGGAAACAAGGCAAUAUGCCUAGUGGAGAUGGAUAUGAUCGGGUUGUUCCGCUGGUGGCAUGAUGAUAUUACAGUGUUAGGAGAAAAACGAGUUGGGAUUGUUGGGCUUGGAAAUAUCGGCACCUUGGUUGCUAAACGGCUCGAACCAUUCGGCUGCACCAUUGCCUACACCUCAAGAAACAAGAAACCCCAAAUUCCAUAUGCAUACUACCCCACUGUUCUUGAUCUUGCAACCAACAGUGAUUCCUUAAUCAUUUGUUGCGCGUUGUCCAACAAAACUCGCCACAUUAUCAACCGUGAUGUCUUAACUGCCCUCGGGAAGAAGGGCGUUAUCGUCAAUAUUGGGCGUGGGGCCCUUGUGGACGAAAAGGAACUAGUGAAGUUCCUUGUUGAAGGUGAGCUUGGAGGAGCAGGUCUUGAUGUGUUUGAGAAUGAACCCGAAGUACCAAAGGAGUUAUACAUGCUUGACAAUGUUGUUUUAUCUCCACACAGAGCUGUUGCAACACCAGAGUCGUUUAAUAAUGUUAUGGAGGUAGUGAUUGCGAACAUAACGGCUUUUUUCUUGAAUAAGCCAUUGUUGUCUGAAAUUGAUCUGAAUGAUUGGUGUUGAUCGACAUGGAUCAUUGUCGCAUUUGUAAUGUUGUAUCAAUUUGGUCAUAUUAGUGUUGUGUAUGUUGAACUUGGAAUAAGUAAGAACAACACUUUGAUUAAGAU